AUGAGUGAACUAGAACCUUCUAAUUUAAUUUCAACGAACAGUACUCAGUUAAAACUUCAAGAUAACCAUAACAAAAUAACAAAUGAUGUUACUUUAAAUGAAUAUGAUAUGGAUUAUGAUGUUCUUCUUUUUAUAUGUAUUAUGAUUUAUAUAGCACUUGCAGUACUACUUCUAAAAAUAUGUCAACUAACUUAUCAGAGAACAUGUUCUAGGCGUCGUGCCUUGGUAUAUUUUAUUGAAGCAGAUUCUGGAUACUUUUCUAAUGAAGAUGAAUAG